GGUAUAAUAAUUACAUUAUUAUUAUAUCUUACCCUUACGGUAAUGGUCGUAUCAGCGUCAGAUUCAGGGGAUAGUAGGGAAGGUUAUUACCUUGAAAAUGAGAGACCUGGAGAAGAUAUACCACCACUUCCAACUUUAGCUAAUACAGAGAACCCAUAUGCUAACAUAACGAGAGGAAAUGAUUAUCCGAUGGAUGGAGCUAGUUAUUUAACAGGAAUAACAUUAAUGAUAACAGGUUUAGUAAGCCUGUUUCGAGGCAAUAAAUACAAGUGGUUAUCAAUAUUUUUUGCUUCAUUCUAUGGAAUAUUAAGUGUUGGAGCUGGUAUAGCAGCUGGUGUAUUUUUCGUAUUAUUAUGGCCAACAGGAAAAAUUCUUGUUGGAACACUUGGUGGUUUUUCACUAGCUAUGAUUUUAUUAGCAACCAAAACAGAUGGUUUAAUAUCUGAUCAAAUAUGGCGAUGGGUACUUAUUGGACUUCUUUCAACAAUAAUGUCAAUAGUAGCUGGAUUUCAAAAAAUUUAUUCAUAUAUUGCAAUUAUAUCAACAGUAUUUUCUGGAUGUUAUUGUUUAAUACUUGGAGUAGACAUUUUUGCACGUACAGGAAUAUUAGCAUCUUUUAAAACUUUUUGGGGGUUUACGCAACCCGAUGAUUAUCGAUACGUAGUAGAUACACACGUGAUCAUAAUACUAUUAUCAAUUGGAGUUCUUGGUGGAUUGUUUGGUAUAGCCAUACAAUUAUUGGAAUUAUGGAUAAAACAAAAAAAUGAUCGGUCAAAGGUCGAGGCAGAUGAUGAUAAGGAAAGUCAUGAUUCAAUAAAAUUUAGGUCAUUUAGAAAUAAAUUAAAAGAAAAAUUUCAUAAUCCAUUUAAAAGACAUUGA